GUACAGAGUGAAAGAAGGACACAUGGCAAACGGGCUCCUGACCACAAAACCUUUGAGAACCUUUUUACUGGACUGAGGAGGCUGAAGGUUUCCCACUGCAGGCAGAACAGACUCUGUUGGAAGGACUAAAGGUGACUGCAGGUUUUUACCAACAUGGAAAGACCAGACUCUCCUGAGCCUGAGACGAGACUCAGCUCUCCACAGGAAGAUCGCCCUGACUUUAAAAGCAGGAAACUGACUCCUGAUGAGAGGAUCACUGAGACACCAGAUGCCCCUGAACCUGAACCUGGACCCAGCUGUGUGUCUUUGAAGAGUGAUCAGUCAAAGGAUGCCAUCUUUAACUUUAAAGGAACAAAGUCUGCUGCUGCUGCUGCUGAGGAAGCUGAUCAGGAGAGUCUUCAUCAUAAUCAGCAGCAUCAAACUGAUCUGGACUCAAUAUUUAAGAGGCUGGAGGAAAACAUUAUCAUGUUUGUGAAGAACGAGCUAAAGAAGAUGCAGAAGGAUAUGAAUCCAGAUUAUUCAGAGUGUCAGAGGGAUGAAGAGGAGCUGUUGGACAGUGAGGAAGAGAAGCAGAGAAGGAGCAGCAGAGAGGCAUUUCUGAAACUUGCAGUUAACUUCCUGAGAAUGAUGAAACAGGAGGAGCUGGCUGACUUUCUAGAGAGUUUGUUAAAAACCAAACAGGAUGGAAGAAAGCUGCCCAAGACACUGACUAAGAUGUACAUUCACUUCCUGGUGGUUCAGACCAAAGUGAAGAACAUCAAGUAUGAUGGAGGAGCUAAGACAGAUACUCUCUGGAGUCCAGAGAGCAGGAAGAUGGUUGAAGAACUGGGGAAACUGGCAGAGGCCUCAGUGUGCUCAGGAGUGUUCACACAGAUCUUUAAAGAAGAGAGAGGGCUGCACCGUGAGAAGGUGUGCUGUUUUGUCCAUCUGAGUGUUCAGGAGUUUUUAGCUGCUCUUCAUGUCCAUCUGACAUUCACCAACUCUGAUAUCAACCUGCUGGAAGAAGAAGAAGAAGAAACAGCCUCAUUGCAGACUGGAGAAUCUCCAGUAAGACAGUUCUACCAGAGUGCUGUGGACAAGGCCUUAAAAAGUCCAAAUGGACAUCUGGAAUUGUUUCUCCGGUUCCUCCUUGGUCUUUCGAUGCCAUCCAAUCGGGAUCUCCUACAAGGCCUGCACAAACAAACAGGAAACAGCUCACAGAUAAAUCAGGAAGCAGUCAAGUACAUUAAAGAAAGGAUGAAUGGCACUCUCUCUCCUGAAAAAAGCAUCAAUCUGCUCCACUGUCUGAAUGAAUUGAAUGAUGACUCUAUAGUGAAGGAGGUCCAGCAUCAACUGAGUUCAGGACACCUGUCUAAAGUUAAUCUCUCUCCUGCUCAGUGGUCAGCUCUGGUCUUCAUCCUACUGUCAUCAGAAACAGGUGUGGAUGUGUUUGACUUGAGGAAAUACUCAGCUUCAGAAGAGGCUCUUCUGAAGCUUCUCCCAGUGGUCAAAGCCUGUAAGAAAGCCCAGUUGAGUGGCUGUAACCUCACAGAGAGAAGCUGUGAAGCUCUUUCCUCAAUUUUAAGUUCUCAGUCCUCCAGACUGAGAGAGCUGGACAUGAGUAACAACAACUUUCAGGACUCAGGAGUGAAGCUGCUUUGUGUUGGACUUGGGAGUCCUCACUGUAUGCUGGAAACUCUCAGGUUGUCAGGCUGUCAGAUCACAGGAACAGGCUUCACCUCUCUGGCCACAGCUCUGCGCUCCAAUCCCUCCUAUUUGAAAGAGUUGGACUUGAGAUAUAAUCACCCAGGAGACUCAGAAAUGAAGCUUUUGUCUGAUCAAAAGGAGGAUCCACAUGUGAAACUGGAAAUGCUCUGUGUGGAGCCUCAAGGAGUCCAGUGGAUGAGACCAGGUCUAAGGAAAUAUUUCUGUGAUCUGAUGCUGGAUCCAAACACAGCACACAGAAACCUCAAACUGUCUGAUGACAACAAGGAGGUGACACAUGUGGAAGAAGACCAGCUGUAUCCUUAUCAUGAUCUUAGGUUUGAUCACUGGCCUCAGCUGCUGUGUACCAACAGUCUGAGUGGUUGCUGUUACUGGGAGGUCGAGUGGAGAGGAGAGGUUCAUGUUGCAGUAAGUUUUGGAGGAAUCAGACGGAAAGGAGAGGGUGAUGAUGUCAGGUUUGGAAGGAAUUAUCAAUCCUGGAGUCUCAACUGCAGUGAUGAUAAGGGUUACUAUGCAAGUCACAAAUUUGAUUUAAGAGCCAUCCCUUGUCUCUCCUCACCUCUGUCUCACAAAGUAGCAGUGUAUGUGGACUGCUCUACAGGAACUGUGUCCUUCUACAAUGUCUCCUCUGAUAAACUGAUCCACCUGCACACCUUCAACACCACUUUCACUGAACCUGUAUAUGCUGGGUUUAGGGUGAAGCCUGACUCUAGUAUCCACCUCUGUGCUGACUCAGAAUAAUGAACUUACUGUGCAGAGAAAUAUUCUCACAUUGGUAUUUCAUACUUUUCCUCACUUAGUAUAUCAGGUAUACUGUCUCGUACAUAUAUUUGUUUGUUUUUCAGUCCAGAGAUGUUGGAUUAGACUGAUCUUAUUGUCUUUGGUGCCUUUUUUUAAGAGCAGAUAUCAGUUUUUACUUAUAUACUACAGUUUAAUUACCCACAGGACUUUUAGUGCUGAGGAAAGAGGAACUGUAUUUUUAAAUCUGUUGCAUUACUAUCAUCCAUUACUAAAUUUGUUACAUUAUACACAUUUUAAUCAUGCUUAGACUGAUGGAUGAAAUCUUUGGAACAUAUAAUUUAGACAUUUUAGACGUUGUUGGUUAGACUUUGUGAUGAUGAGAGCUGCAGGCUCUAAAUAUUUUGUGUUUAGGCGUCUUUAAUUUUUUACAUUGCAUAACUAUACAUUUGUGUCUCUCUUGUUAUGCAAAUUAAGUAACAUUUCACUACAAUUAGUUCCUGGAGAAAAGCAAUAUCACCACUGUGUGACCAGUUUUCUCAACAACUGAUCUGGAUGGUUCUGGAUCCAUUUAUUUGUCUGUGUUGAUCCAAAUGUAGCUUCUAGUACUGCUGAUACAAGAAGAGCAGCUUAUGGCUAACUGGACGCUGUGGAGACAUCUCUCAUCAGUUCAUAAUAAAUAAAAACAGUCUGACUUAUAUAUGACCUCCAGUCUGUGUUUCUUGACUGAACAGAAACAGUUUUACAAU